CAUGAACGCGCCUCGGAUCCGCUAGAUUAGUGCGGCUGGCGCUGCACACGGAUGGAGUCGCAGUGAAACCAGUAGUCUGCGGUCCAGUUUGCAGGCGUAACGCCCCGUGUCGUCCUGUACAGCAGUACAAGUUCGGGAACUGGACUCUAGCUACAUCUUGGGGUUUUUAUCGUUUACCUGGUAUCUUUCCACACUCCGAGUGGACGCGCGUUCGUUGGUCGGCGUUAUCGACUUGGAGUUGCAGGGAACAACUGACGCUGUCUUUUCGCCUUGAGUCAGGAGAAAAACGUUACGCACGGCUUACAGGCUGAGUAACCGACUAUUUUCGCCGUGUCUCUUACAGUCUACGGAUAAAAGACCAGUAGAAACUGCUUUAGUGCUUAGCUUAGUAACUAGCUAAGUAGCUAACGUUAAGGCGCUAGCAGCGCCAGGCUUUGUUUUGCUCGUGCAGAGAGUGACACUAACGAUCAGUCGCUACCUCUGUUUACACAGACGAGGGAACCUCGGCACAGUUAUCUUCACUUAAACCGAGAGUUAAAUGUGUUUUGUCACUCAGAUAGGUAACUCCAGGAGUGGAAAAGGCGUUUUCUCUAAGUAAACGUAAAGUUACGCUUCGUAACAUUACUACUUUUAGUCUGUUUACUUCGCUGACGGUUGGUCGCUACUGAGUAGUGACACAUUAGCGUUGCUAGUGCGCGCUGUGGUGGGACCUGACAGACAUGCUCCUGUCAGACGACUCCAGCAUUAAAACACUAUUGUAAAGCUGCUCUUGAGCAAUAAAUAUGCGAUAACGGUUGCCGCUGUGUCGAGAAAACUUGGUUAUUUCCACGGAUAACCCUCCUUUUAACGACCAAAGUCAGACCCAGAUAGACGUGGACACCGACCAUGUCUUUCUUUAACUUUCGGAAAAUAUUCAAGUUGGGUCCGGAGAAGAAGAAAAAGCAGUACGACCACGUGCGAAGAGAUGUGAAUCCAGAGGAGGUCUGGGAGAUCAUUGGAGAACUUGGGGAUGGAGCUUUUGGGAAGGUGUACAAGGCUCAGAACAAGCAGUCGGGCAUUUUGGCUGCAGCGAAGGUGAUUGACACGAAGACUGAGGAGGAGCUGGAGGAUUAUAUGGUGGAGAUUGAUAUCUUGGCGUCCUGCGACCAUCACCACAUAGUAAAGCUCUUGGACGCCUUCUACUAUGAGGACAAACUCUGGAUUCUUAUAGAGUUUUGUGCUGGAGGGGCUGUGGAUGCUGUGAUGCUGGAGCUGGAGAGGCCUCUGACUGAGCCACAGAUCAGGGUGGUGUGUAAGCAGACUCUGGAUGCCCUGCUAUACCUGCAUGAGAGCAAGAUCAUCCACAGAGAUCUGAAGGCUGGAAAUAUACUGCUCACACUGGAUGGGGAGGUCAAGCUUGCCGAUUUUGGAGUGUCAGCCAAAAACACUAAAACUCUUCAGAGAAGAGAUUCCUUCAUUGGGACUCCAUACUGGAUGGCUCCAGAGGUGGUGAUGUGCGAGACAUCGAAGGACAGGCCGUAUGACUACAAGGCUGAUAUCUGGUCCCUGGGUGUCACACUGAUAGAGCUGGCUCAGGUAGAGCCACCUAACCAUGAGAUGAACCCUAUGCGAGUGCUGCUGAAGAUCGCCAAGGCUGACCCACCUACUCUCAUGCAGCCUUCGAAAUGGUCUCCAGAGUUCAGUGACUUCCUGAAACGUGCUCUGGACAAGAAUGUGGACAACAGAUGGAGUGCAGCCCAGCUUCUUCAGCACCCAUUUGUAAGCAGUGUUACUGAUAGCAAAUCACUAAGAGAGCUAAUAGCAGAGGCCAAGGCUGAAGUCACUGAAGAGAUAGAGGAAUCGAAAGAGGAAGAAGAGGAGGAAGAUCAUGAAGGACAGCUGCUGCUUCCUGGACACAAGCGUGCUUCAUCUGAUGCCAGUGUUGGAAGCUCUGAGGAUGAGAAGCUUUCCCAGUCCCCUUCUACACUGGAAGCUGUUCCAGAGAAAAUUGAAGAGAUUCCCAAGAUGCAAAACGUGGAGGUUAAAGAUGACAAGAUAGCUGAACCAAAAACACCUAAAGUAGAGGUGAAUCACAUCAAGGAACCACCAGAACCUGCUGUUAAAGAACCUGCAGACGUACCUAUUUCUAAUGUGAAACCUCAGGAACCUACAGAGGCAGAGGUUAACCGUGUAGAAACUCUUGAUGUGGUUCUCAAACCAGAGGUACCUUUUGCUCAGCUAGAUGUAGUAAAGUCAGAAGAAGAGAUGAAAGCAAAUGCACAGCCAACACAAGGAGAGAAGGAGGUUGACACAGCUAAAAAUGUGUCUGUAAUCCACAAAAAUGAUGAGAUGGUGAAGACAGAACCUGUAUCUGAGACUUCCACUGUGGAAGGGGAUAAACCAGUCACUGAGGACACCACUGUUGUAGAGCCUGAGGAAAAACCUACACCUCUCUGCUCUCCGGUGAAAGAAGAAGAUAAAAAAGAGACAGCAGAUGAGAAGUCUGCCAUGGAGAAGGAGAAUAAGACCCCUACAAAGCGAAGGUUUGAGAAGAAAAAUUCAGACUCCAGGAUUGGAUCUGCAGCAGAUAACAGCAGCAUAGAUCUAAACCUGUCCAUCUCCAGCUUCAUAAGCAAAUCUAAGGAGUCAGGAUCCAUGCAGGAUACAAAGCGUCAGAAGAAGACCCUGAAGAAAACCCGCAAGUUCAUUGUGGACGGUGUAGAAGUCAGCGUAACAACGUCUAAAAUAAUUACAGACAAUGAUGCCAAAAAUGAGGAGAUGAGAUUCCUAAGACGCCAAGAGCUAAGAGAGUUAAGGCUGCUGCAGAAAGAGGAGCAGAGAGCCCAGCAGCAGCUCAGCAACAAGCUGCAGCAGCAAAGAGAGCAGAUCUACAGACGUUUUGAGCAGGAAACCACGAGCAAAAAGCGUCAGUACGAUACAGAGGUGGAGAACCUAGAGCGGCAGCAGAAGCAGACUAUCGAGAGACUGGAGCAGGAGCACACCAACCACCUCCGUGAUGAGGCCAAGAGGAUCAAAGGCGAGCAGGACAAGGAGCUCUCCAAGUGCCAGAUCAUGCUGAAGAAUCGCAAGAAAGAGGAGCAGGAGUUUUUACAGAAGCAGCAGCAGGAACUGGACAGUGCUCUAAAGAAGAUCAUCCAGCAACACAAGCAUGAGCUAGCCACUGUGGAAAGAGACUGCCUCAACCACAAACAGCAGCUGCUCCGAGCCCGGGAGGCAGCCAUGUGGGAGCUGGAAGAGCGCCAUCUACAGGAGAAGCACCAGCUCCACAAACAGCAGCUUAAAGACCAGUACUUCUUACAGAGACACCAACUGCUUAAGAGACAUGAGAAGGAAAUGGAACAGAUGCAAAGGUAUAACCAGCGUCUGAUUGAAGAGAUGAAAUCAAAGCAGACUCAGGAGAGGACCAGGCUACCUAAAAUCCAACGCAGUGAUGCCAAGACACGUAUGGCCAUGUUUAAAAAGAGCCUGCGCAUCACCUCCACCGGCGUCUCUCCCGAACAAGAGAGGGAGAAGAUCAAACAGUUUGCAGCACAGGAGGAGAAGAGGCAGAAGAACGAAAGGCUCCAUCAGCAUCAGAAACAUGAGAACCAGAUGAGAGACCUGCAGCUGCAGUGUGAAACCAAUGUCAGAGAAUUGCAGCAGUUACAGAAUGAGAAGUGCCAUCUGCUGAUUGAACACGAGACGCAAAAGCUGAAGGAGCUCGAUGAAGACCACAGCUAUGAGUUGAAGGACUGGAGAGACAGACUGCGACCCAGGAAGAAGGCGCUGGAGGAAGAGUUUGCGCGGAAGCUUCAGGAGCAAGAGGUCUUCUUUAAGAUGAGCGGAGAGUCCGAGUGCCUUAACCCUUCCACCCAGAGCCGCAUCUCCAAGUUCUACCCGGUCCCCAGUGUCCACUCCACUGGGUUUUAACUCGGACACACAUACGUAAACAUGCAUGUUGCAAAUUUCAGUAAAAACCAUACAUGAAUUCAUUUGAUCAGUGCAAAGUACAUGCAUACAUAUCUAUGACUUUUUCCACACUACACUUACACAAAGUCAUUAUAAGUACAGGCCGCUUUAUUCACACAAGUGGAGAUCACACACAUACAUGCACUCAUCUUUAGCAUGCAUGCAAACUACAUGACAUAAUUGUGACUGAACUUUUGCUGCCUUCCCCCCUCCAGUCUGAUAACAGUCAGGCUAAAUGCAGGGGGUCACUCAUUCUAGAAGGGAGGUUAGCCCCUUCUUUACUUUCUCUGUGGAAAGACUAAACUGUUUCAAUAAGCUACAGGCCAUGCACACAACAGCUGCACAAUGUCCUACUAUUUGGUAGUUUCUGUAGCAUUUUUUAAACCACAGUCUUGUUUAAAAUGGAUAUAAAGCAUAGACAAGACCAAGAAAUGAAAACAUUAGUUGAUCCUUAGAAGUUACUUUCAUUUUGUUCAUUGUAGUAUUCAAGUGUAAUUAUGUAAUUAUUUAUCGAGUUUCUUAGUGAAUUAUACAAUGAAUCAGAUUUUUGUUCCAUUUAAAUUCAGUUCGACAGGUUCAUGGAGAUCACAUUUACUGCUUUUUCCAUUCGUCUCAGCGUCAACAGAAAUUUUGUUUCUGCAAAACAAGAAGUAACUACAGUAGCAACUGUUGAUCAAAUUCAAAUAAUAAUACGUUUUCAGUUCUGCUUACAAAUAAUAACACAGUAUUGAAUGAAAGUUUAGAUUCCACACUAACGACAGUGAGCUAAUAAUAUCAAAUAUUUGUUAUCGCCGGCGAUAACUGUGACUUCUAAGGUUUAAUAAACUUUUAAACCAUACUUAAUUUUUUUUCUUUUUUAAACCUGUGGUUCUAGUGCCUGAACAAUUUAUCUCCAUGCACUGGCUUUUGUAAUAGGAAAAUUGUCUUAAUUGACCCCUUACCCUUGCACUAAUAAAGCUGAAGAAGAAAGCUAGAAUUUGGGUAAAGGAACAUAAUUUAGUACAGUAGAAUGUAACAUCAAUAAAGAAUGAAGGAACAGCCUAGCUGAGAAAAUAAAAACAAUGGAAAGGACAGUGAAAUGAAGGAAAUCUGUUUUGAAUUCUUAAAAUUGUAGCACAGUGGCUUUAAUAUGUAGAAAGAUUGCACAUACCUUCAUGUUUACUGCACACUGCCAUGUCAAAAAGUUCAUUUGAAAUGGUCCCCUUGUUUUUGUGCCCCACAUAACUGGGGUCAUUUUUAUUAGUUACUUUAAAUUUUCUCAGAGUCACAGCCAUACUGGUGGUAUAUGCAUAUCCAUUUGAAUUUAUGCAGACUGAAACCUAAUGUACAUCACUGUGGUAUGAAAAGUGUGACCUUAAGAAUAUGCAAUGUGAAAAUUUCUGAAACUGAACUCAACAUAUCAGCCAUGUUUAGCUUUGGUUUUUAGCAGGAGGUAAUACACUCUUUUACAACAUCUCAGUACCAAAUACUGGAAUAGUUUUGACCUAGAAUGCAUGCCUUUAGAGACUCUAAGCUAUUCAUUUGAGAAUUAUCACUACAAUACUGUAUUUUUAGUGUUUUACUUAAGAAUUUUGUAUAGAAUACAGUGAAUUUUUCCUUUUUGAGUUUUAUCAUGACAUUUUUAUCUGUGCUUAUAGAACUUGAGAACAUAUCCUAUUAUAAUUUUGAAAUACGGAAUUUGCAGUUUUCUGUAUCAGUUUACCAUUAAAUGAUGGUGAUGUAAUCUGAAGUGAGUGGGGCAAAAGCUAAAAACAGGCAAGGCAUCAGUGCAGUGGUUUUUUUGAUUAAAAAAAAGCUGAAUCUUUCUAAAAGGUAACUAAUGAAUGGAGGCACUCUUGAUGCAUUUUGGUAUCAUGCUGCAUUCUGAUUGGCUUCAGAGCUUCAGUCAAUGUUUGUGCUUUAUAGCAAGCCAGAUGAAGUUAAUGUUUGUAAAUCUGUCUGAUGAAUGUGAGAAAGUGCUGUGCACUUUUCCACAAGUCAAAGGCAUUUUCAGUAGUAGAUUUAAUUGGUUAUCUGUAUUAAGACACUGUUUUAUGUUCUAGCUUGGCCAGUUUUUUUGCCAUAUAUAUAUAUCAUUCAUGUAUUUCUCUAAUUGUGCUUGAAACCUUUUUGUCCUGACUAGACAUUAUUAUUACUAUAUUUUUAUCCAUUUCCAAUGUGUAUGAAAUUAGUAAACCUGUAAGAAAUAGUCUUUAUGUCAAUGAUCAGGUCUUUGUGAUUUUAGGAAGCUACUGUUGAUUUGCAGUAAUUUGACUGUAAUAAAACUUUUGCUGUAGUUCCUCCUUUA